AUGCUUCACAGAUGGGGCGAGGAAAACUCCGGGAAGGAACAUGUAAAACUGCUCGCGGAAAAAUUGCAAGCGAUUCAACGCUACGAUCUGGUACAGGAAUUGGAGAAAGUGACUGGAUUCCAGCUACAUGACAAAGAUAUUGAUGAGCAAGAAAAACCAACUUCAGAUCCACAAACGACUUCAAACAAUGAAGAGCAAACAACGAUAGCGAUAGUGAAAACAGAGCCCAGUGGAACACUAGUUGGAGAACAAGAGUCGCAAAUUAAAUCGCCACACAUCGUCAUGAACUUCAACGUGACCAACUGCCAAAUUGUUGGGGGAGAUAUGAAGGAUUGCAGUAUUAACUACGGUUAUGAAUUUUCAGUAAAGUUGAUUGGCAUGAAGGAAGGGCAGAAGGACGAAGGUCGAACUCACCGUCUUUUGGACUUGUUGAAGGCAGAGCCUCAAGUCACGACUCUGAAGACUGUCUUAGACGAAUUCAAUUUGGAGGCAAUUGGCUUACAAAAGGGAUGUGUUCAGCUGACUGUGCGAGUCGAAAGUCGUGAGGACCUCGAUAGGUUUUGGGAAGCUUGCAAAAAGGGUCUAUUCCAGACGCGAAUCAAGAGCGAACUACCUAUUUCUGAGGUAAAAAUCUCGGAAGAUGUAUACAAAGAGGGGUGCCAGUUCUUCGAUGAUGCAAAAAAACAAAAUAUUCAAGAUUACGGACAAAGUGGAGGUGAUGGUGCAGACAAGCAUGACGAAACGAGGCAGAUGGACAAAGUACCUGAAAGUGGUGGUCAAGAAACUGAAGAAAGGAGAGAAAAAGAAGACAGUGGACAUGGAGACGCCAGUCUAGAUGAAACACAGCAAACGACUCACGGAAAUAUGAAACAUGAAACUGGAAAAAUAAGCUCUGAAAGCGAUGGUAAACUCAAAAAGCAGGCAGCUGAAGCCACUGGUGGAGAUACAGAAAAAAUAAAAAUGGAAUUCCAAGGACGCGAAGGUGAUGUUCCAGAAAAAGAAGUGAAGAGAACAAGGGGCGACAUAGGAAAUGAAAGCGAUAAUGGGGUCAUAGAAAAAGGAGCAACAGGAGCUGAAAGCACAAAGAAGACAGAAGAAGAUAACAAAGAAAAUACACAUGAUGGUCAGGGAAAACAGAUAAAUGGAGAGGAAGGUUAUGCAGAUCAAGGAAAAGCCUCCCCCGAAGACCAAGGACCUGCGAUUAAUGUUUCAGGCAAUGGUCAAGAUAUUGAAAAGGAGUCAAUGAAGAAAGACAUUGGUCUUGAAAGCGAUGACAGGGAGAAACAAAAGACACUAAACACAGAAGCAGGACUUGAUUAUGGUGUUCAAGUAAACGAAAGGGAGAUAGGACAGGAAGACAUAGAUCGUGAAUGCGAUCGUAAGGAGACACUUGCGGAACAGAUUGGUGCCAAGGAGGACCUGGAUCAAGGAAAAACAGCCAUGGAAGGCGGAGGACUUGACCUCGAUGAAGGAAGGGCGACAGAAGACUGGUCAUGUAUUGGGAUGCGGGUUGUACGAGGUCCAGAUUGGGAGUGGGAUGAUCAGGACGGGGGAUGUGGAUGCGUCGGGACGGUGGUCCCAGCACGGGAAGUAGAGAGUAAUUCUACUGUUUGGGUACGCUGGGACUCCGGUGUUCUUGGCGAAUACCGCGCUGGGGGAGAAAGCGGCAAAGUUGACUUGCAGAUAUACGACAACGCCCAACAAGGAGUAAAACACUCACACGUGAUCUGCGAUGGCUGUGACAAGAGUGGUUUGGAAGGAAUUCGUUGGAAGUGUCUGCGAUGUGAUGACUGCGAUUUAUGCCACAACUGUUACAACGAGUGUAAACACGAUCUGGAACAUCCGUUUCUGAGGAUAGAUGAACCUGGUGUGGCUGGUGUCAGGGUACCUCGUCGAUAUGGGGCGGUACAAUGCAUGGCGUUUGGAAUUUUUCCAGGAGCUCGAGUUGUGCGAGGGCCUGAUUGGGCGUCGGAUAUUCAGGACGGAAAAGCAGGCACUGUUGGUGUAGUGAGCAGUGUGAGUAGUUCCAAAACAACCUAUCGCUCAUUUGUCCGGGUUCAGUGGUCUGCAGAGAACUGCAACAUAUAUCGGCGCGGUUUCUUUGGUAAGAUGGACCUACAAUACACCGAGAAAGCAAGUAACGGGCAGUUCUUUAUGGAGCACCUCCCAAUGCUUGAAAAAUACGUGAGAGGUGGUGCACUUCUCUUCGAAGCUGCGGCAAAUGGUGACAUAGGUAAAGUGCGGGAAAUACUCAGCAUCUACCCCAGUGCGGUGAUAUAUCGGAAUGAGCGAGGGAUUACCGCGCUUCAUGCAGCUUCUCAUUUGGGCCAUCUUGAUGUUGUAAUCGCUUUGGUGGACGGUAAGGCUUCCCUGGAACAACAGGACGAAGAUGGAGAUACUGCCCUUUCGUACGCUGUGAUGGGAAACCACCAAGAUGUUGUCCUGUACUUGCUGCUUAUUGGAAGUAACCCAAACACGGCAGACGAAUCUGGGGUGACUCCUCUACAUAGAGCUGCUAGUAAGGGUCAUGACAAUUGCGCAAGAUUUCUCCUAAAAUCUGGCCUGCGACCGUGUAAUGUCAACAGCCAAGAUAUCCUUGGAGACACACCGCUUUUCGCAGCAAUCGUAGAGAAACACGAUUUCAUGGUAGAUUUGUUAAUUGAACACAUGACAGAUGACGAUCUAAGGCUGCAGAACAACGACGGAUUAAUCUGCUUGCAUUUAGCAGCCUUGUUUGGAAAUGAUUUUGCCGCGGAGAAGAUACUGAGAGUCUCACCGUCCAUGAUUAACAUCGCAAAAAGUGACGGUUUUACAGCGCUACACAUUGCCGCUAUCAACGGCUGUGCGAAGGUUAUGGAGACAUUAUUCCAGCAGGAAGACUGCAAUAUUGGUGCCCGGACGGCAGAAGGGCAGACAGCCCUAGAUAUUGCCGUUGAAGAGAGCCACUACGACUGUAUUACGCUGUUCAUGUUGCAAGGUGCCGUGACAAGCAAGGGCGCAUUCAGCCGAAUACCACACAUUCGGCUCUUCACGGGCAUACACCUAUAA